ACUUUUUAAUUUAUCGUAGAGUGGUGUUAGAUGUUGAGUCUCUCCAUCAUUUCUGGGAUCUUCCAGCUCAGAGAGUAAAGCGAUCCCCCAUCUCCAACUAUUUAUCUCAGAGUAAAAUUUCUCUCACGAAAUGCGAUUUCUUUCAACUCUCAAAUUUGAUAUAUCCAUGAAUAAGGGAAUGUAUACAACUUAUCAACUAUCUUGGCCCACGCUACGGUUUUUUAGGAGAAAAUCUGGUCAUUUCUGAAGAGAGUAGGAACGUGGAGAAUGGAUAAAAAACGGCAGAAGCUAUAGAGUUGACCUGAAGAUGGCAGAUCAUUAUUGGAUCAUUUUCUUUCUAGUGUACUCCUGCCUUAUUAGAGCACUUGAUGCUAGUGCUGGUGAUGCCGACCCAUUAUAUCGGGAUUGUGUAGGACAAUGUGAGAAGACUGGAUGUGUUGGGGAGAGAUGCUUUCCACACUGCAAAUUCUCCUCGGAUGGUUCGUCCCUUGAUGGCCCUUGGUACAUGCAAGAGCCUCUUUACUUGCGGUGGAAACAAUGGGAUUGCCAAAGUGAUUGCCGUUACCAUUGUAUGCUUGAUAGGGAAAAAGAAAGAGCAGAACUUGGUUACAGGCCUUUUAAAUAUCAUGGCAAGUGGCCCUUCCGACGUCUGUAUGGUUUCCAGGAGCCAGUUUCUGUCGCUCUUUCAGCUCUCAACCUUUCAAUGCAUUUCCAUGGCUGGCUUUCUUUUUUCAUCCUUCUUUAUUACAAGUUGCCACUAAAACCAGAUAAGAGACCAUACUAUGAUUACACUGGCUUGUGGCAUUUCUACGGGUUCUUGUCCAUGAAUUCAUGGUUCUGGAGCGCAGUCUUCCACAGUCGAGAUGUGAGCUUGACAGAAAAGCUAGACUACUCAUCAGCAGUGGCCUUACUCGGAUACUCACUUCUUUUGGCCAUAGUGAGAAGCUUUAGUGUGAGAGAUGAAGCUGCAAGGGUCAUGGUUGCUGCCCCACUGGUUGCUUUUACGAUUACGCACGUAUUGUACCUUAACAACUAUAAAAUGGACUACGGGUGGAAUAUGAAAGUGUGUGUUGUGAUGGCUGUUGCUCAACUUCUCGUUUGGGCAGUCUGGGCUGGUGUCACCGGUCAUCCUUCUCGCUGGAAGUUGUGGAUUGUGGUUGUAGGAGGUGGCCUCUCAAUGAUGCUAGAGAUCUAUGACUUCCCUCCAUACGAAGGACUAGUUGAUGCACACGCUCUUUGGCAUGCUACCACUAUCCCUCUUACGUACGUCUGGUGGAGUUUCAUCAAGGAUGAUGCUGAAUACCAAACAUCUGCCCUACUCAAGAAAGUAAAAUAGUGUGUAUUGCUAUCUUAAGAGACGAACCUAAAUGGCUUUUGUCCUGUCCUAUGAGAGUCCGUAAGCCUUAGCCCGUCUCAGCUUAUGGGACUUUUGAAUUUUUGUUAUGUUUUGUUUGGAAUAGAAGGAUGAUUGGUUAAACUUCGGAUGCUGCAAAUGCUAUGAUAAGAUUAUCCUAAAGUUUGUUAUUUGUUCGUUUC